AAUUCGUUUCGUAAUAGCUCAGGAAAAUUUAAUAUUUCUAAUUAAAUGGAUGUCAAGAUUUCCUCAGUAUCAAUAUAGAGAUUUCUACAUUGUUGGUGAAAGCUAUGCAGGGCAUUAUGUUCCUCAGCUUGCAAAAAAAAUCCAUCUCUACAACAAAAGUUUCAACAACACACCAAUCAUUAACCUCAAAGGAUUCAUGGUUGGAAAUGGAGAUAUCGACAAGCAUUACGACAGUUUAGGAUCCGCCAUGUAUGCAUGGUCACACGCAAUGAUGUCCGACAAAUCUUACAAGUCUAUCCUCAAACACUGCAGCUUCACGGCGCAUAAAAACUCGAACAAGUGCAAUUGGGCACUCUACUUCGCCUUCAUUGAGUUUGGCAAAGUCAAUGGGUACAGCAUCUACUCACCCUCAUGUGUACAUCAAACCAACCAGACCAAGUUCCAGCAUGGACGGCUUUUGGCAGAGGAGUAUGAUCCUUGUACAGAGAACUACGCCGAGAUAUAUUACAACCGUCCUAAUGUACAACGAGCUAUGCACGCUAAUCUUACCUCCAUUCCUUAUAAAUGGACCACAUGCAAUAUGGUUUUGAAUAAAAACUGGAAAGAUUCUGAGUUUUCAAUGUUGCCGGUAUACAAGGAACUCAUUGCCGCUGGUUUGAGGAUCUGGGUCUUUAGUGGCGACACAGACGCAGUGGUUCCAGUGACUGGGACUCGUCUUGCCCUCAACAAACUCAAUCUUCCUGUGAAAACUCGCUGGUACCCUUGGUACUCCGAGAAGCAGGUGGGAGGAUGGACAGAGGUAUAUGAGGGGCUUACCUUUGCGACUGUAAGAGGGGCGGGCCAUGAAGUGCCGGUGUUGCAACCAGAGCGUGCUCUCACUCUUUUACGGUCCUUCUUGGCCGGCAAAGAACUUCCAAGGUCUGAUUAGUCACACACAGAAGAGACAAGGCUCCCUGCAAAACCCGAGUAAACUCGGUGUUUUCUUUUCCAUUUUUUAUGUUUCAAAUCAACUUCAUUUCUGGCAAUCUUGAGAAGACAUUUAAUAAGAUAUCGAAAGCAUU